GGAAGAAGAGGAGGAGGAGGGAGGGGGGGGGCAAGAGACCCCGUCGCGUUUUGACCCUCCGAAACCUCCCCGCGCACCACCACCAUCACCACCACCAUCACUCCUCCUCCUCCUCAUCCUCCUCCUCCUCCUUCUCCUUCUUCUUCUUCUUCUUCUCUCCUCGUGAGACUGAAAACACCAUCGCUCACUCCCACCCCUGACACUCUCCAGCCUGUCGCCGUAUGCUGCGCGGACAGCGAGCGCAAGGAGCCAAAAAGGAAGGAAGGAAGGAAAGGACGCUUUCUGUCUGUCCUCCCACAGCACCGAGCAUCCCUACGGCCGCCAGCCGGAGCAAGAGGCACACCAGGCGGGGGCGAAGCGCUGCAGGAGCCGCUGCUGUCUUUACAACCGGGUCUCUGGACUAGUCCGAGCAGGACUGGAUACAGCGGAUAUUUACAUCUCGGUGGGACAUUUUACACCGUUUACCGGAGGACCCAAGGGGGCAGAAGGAAGGGAGCAAAGCUCGCUGCACUAGCCGAGCCGCGCAUCAUCAUCUCCGGUGUAGGACUGGCUGUCGAGUCGCAUGGAGAAGAGGUAUGAAGAGCUGGUGCACUACUCAGGGUCGGAGGCCAUGUCGGUGGGGGGGUACGGGGACGAUGUGAGGCCGUUUCCUCCCCCACAGUACGGACCCGCCAUCCCCGACUCCCUCAAGCACCACAAAGACCAGAUCUAUGGUCACCCACUGUUUCCACUGCUGGCCUUAGUGUUUGAAAAGUGCGAGCUCGCCACCUGCUCCCCUCGGGACUCCGCCUCCAUGUCAGCCACCUCCCACCUCCCUGGCAUGACCAAUCACAGUGAUGUCUGCUCCUCUGAUUCCUUCAACGAUGACAUCGCCUCGUUUGCAAAGCAGAUACGUUCAGAGAAACCCAUCUUCUCUUCCAAUCCUGAGCUGGAUAACUUGAUGAUCCAGGCCAUUCAGGUGCUCCGCUUCCAUUUGCUGGAGUUAGAAAAGGUGCACGACUUGUGUGAUAACUUCUGCCAUCGCUACAUCACCUGCCUGAAGGGCAAGAUGCCCACAGACCUCAUCCUGGACGAGCGGGAGGGCGGCUCCAAGUCGGACAUGGAGGACUUCACUGGAUCCUGCUCCAGUCUUUCAGAGCAGAAUGCAUCGUGGUUACGGGAGCCAGACGAAUGCGCCACCACUCCUCUGGGAACACCGGGCACCUGUGGCCUGCCUUCACUCAGCACAGGAGACAACUGUAGCGACACAGGAGACGGUCUGGACGGAGCGAUGGCCUCCCCGAGUACAGGCGAGGACGACGACUGUGACAGAGACCGGAGGAACAACAAGAAGAGAGGCAUCUUCCCCAAAGUGGCCACCAACAUCAUGAGAGCCUGGCUCUUCCAGCAUCUGUCGCACCCGUACCCAUCUGAGGAGCAGAAGAAGCAGCUGGCACAGGACACCGGCCUGACCAUCCUACAGGUCAACAACUGGUUCAUCAACGCCAGGAGGAGAAUAGUUCAGCCCAUGAUCGACCAGUCAAAUCGAACAGGUCAGGGUGGUCCCUACAGCCCAGAGGGGGCAGCUCUCGGAGGCUACGGGCUGGACGGACAAGCCCACCUCGGGCUUCGAGCAGCAGGUCUCCAGGGGAUGUCUUCUCUGCAGGGCGACUACCCCGGCGCUCUACUGUCCCAGUCGGGCUACCCUCCCCACCCGGGACCCUCCCUCCACCCCUACCCUGGACCUCACCCCCACCCGGCCAUGCUGCUACACCCGCCGCCACACGCACACCCUGCAGAGCCGCUCCUCGCCCAGGGACUGGAUAUACACGCACACUAGCUGAGGGAGGGACUCAGGAUGUGUGUGUGAGCAUAAUACUGAAUGAGUGUGUGCGCGUUGAGAUACAGUAUAUAUGUGUGUGUGUGUGUGUGUG